AUGGAAGAAAUCACAGAACAAUUUCGAAAACUUGACCCAGAGAGUUCAGAAAAUUUACAACAAGUGGAGGAAAUAAUAGGAUACAGUUUUAGAAAUAAAGGGUUGUUAGAGGAAGCUUACACAGAUCCUUCCUAUACAAAGAAUCCAAAAAGCUCCUAUGAACGGCUUGAAUUUCUAGGAGAUACAGUACUCAAUUUUCUCAUGGGGACGGAACUGUUUAGUCUCUAUCCAGAUUUGAUGCCGGGUGAGCUGACUCAGUUACGGUCUGCCAAUGUCAGCACAGAGAAACUGGCACGAGCUGCAGCUGAACAUGGUUUAUACAGGUUCUUGCGGCAUGAUAAACCCCUGCUUAGUGCUCAAAUUGAAGAAUUUGUUAGCACUUUCUCAAGAUAUUCUUUAUCUUGUGUGGGAUUAAUUGAUGCACCCAAGACUCUUGCUAACAUUGUUGAAUCUACUAUUGGAGCUGUGUUCGUUGACUGUAACAACAGUAAUGAAAUCACCUCAAAGGUCAUUAAAAAGUUGUUGCAACCUAUAAUUAUUCCAUCAACGAUGACAAGACAUCCGGUUACUCUAUUGUUUGAAAUAUGUCAAAAAAAUGGAUUCCACAUUGAAGUAAUUGAUUCAUGGCAGGAAAAUGGACAAAUAGAAAUUAUGAUAGCAAAUAAAUAUGUUGGAAGAGGAGAAUACAAAACUAAAAAAGCAAUUGCAUACAAUAGAGCUGCUGCAGAUGCCUAUAAUGACAUUGUAGAAAAGCAUCAUGUAGAUGAUAGCUAA